GAUAUAUAUAACGGGUUUUAGAUCAUUUUUUUAUUGUCAGAAUGUCAGAUUCGGAAUUUGACAUCGAAGAACUGUCAAUGUCUGAGAGUGAAUCAGACAGCUGCAUCAGCAUUGAUGAUGGAUCAUCAGAUCACAGUGAAGAUGGAUCAGAUCACAGCGACGAUGGAGUCGACACCUCUAUAAGAAAAUGGGUGGAAAUAAACAAGGAUGAUCCUCCACCACCUCCUCCGCGAUUUCCUUUUCGGGGAAGUUCAGGAUGCAAUUUCACCCUUGCGGAUUAUUUUGACCCUUUAGCGUACUUUCUAUUAUUUUUUAAUUUGGAAUUAAUAAACAUGAUUGUAACCGAAACGAACAACUUCGCAUUGCAACAGGCACGGGAUCAGUGGGAGCCAGUGACAGUCGAAGAAAUAUAUAUAUUUCUAACGAUUUGUAUAUUGCAAGGACUGUUGUACAAACCCAGUGAGAAAAUGUACUGGUCCAGGAAUAAACUUAUAGAAACCCCAAUUUUCGGUAAAUUAAUGAAAAGAACAAGAUACGAGGAAAUAAAAAAAAAUUUACAUUUUGAAAACAAUACAAAUUUUAAUCCCGAAACACACGAUAAUCCAAAACUUUGGAAGAUUUGGCCGAUAAUAAAUAAUUUAAAUUCAAAAUUUUCCCAAUAUUAUACUCCGCAACAAAAUAUUAGCAUCGACGAGAGCCUCCUAUUAUUCAAAGGCCGUCUUUCCUGGAAGCAGUACAUUCCUCAGAAACGGUCUCGUUACGGUGUCAAAUUUUUUAUGUUAUGUGAAUCGGAAACAGGAUAUUUGCACAACUUUCUAAUUUAUACAGGAAAAGGCACUCGCCUAAAUAAAAAAUACGGGCAUUUUUUAUUUACGUCACAAGUUGUGCUAUCAUUACUGGACCCGUUGUUAGACAAGGGAUAUUGUCUAACUACGGAUAAUUAUUAUACUUCCCCACAAUUAGCAGAUUAUCAAAUAACGCGCAAAACAGAUUGUUGUGGAGCACUACAAACAACAAGAAAAGAUGUACCGAAAAUAUUACACGAAAAAAAAUUAAAAAAAGGAGAGACUGUGGCAAUGCAGAGAGGUAAAGUGCUGAUACAAAAAUGGCAUGACAGGAGAACAGUCACUUUCCUUUCUACAUUCCACAGUGCUACAAUGGUAAGUACAAAAACGCGUACCGGUAGUGUACUAAUGAAGCCACAAGUUGUUGUUGACUACAACAAAACUAUGGGAGGUGUUGACCUUUUAGAUCAGCAUCUCCAUGAUUAUACUGUGGCAAGAAAAAGAGGGAAGAAGUAUUACAAAAAAAUAUUUUUCCAGUUACUAGACAUUUCACUAUAUAAUGCCUAUGUGUUAUAUCAAAAAAAUGGUGGACAGAAACCAAACGCAUUAUUUCGACUGACUCUAAUAGAACGACUGAUAACCACAUACCACACCGUAACGAUGGCCAGUAAACAUGGUCGGACGAGAACUGCAGGUCCGUUAAAACUUACGAAAAAACAUUUCCCGGGCUUUAUUCCGCCGACCGACAAAAAAGUAGCACCCACUAGAUGUUGUGUUGUCUGUUAUAAAAAGAACAAGGAAGGAAAAAAAAUUAGACGAGAAACAAGAUAUCAAUGUGAACAAUGUCAGGUGCCCAUGUGUCCGGCCCCUUGUUUCAAGAUUUAUCACACAAAAGAAAAUUUUUAA